CGCGCCGCCUGCGAGAUUUGGUGUUCGCGGCCGGGUCCCGGGCUCCCGCUCUGGCGUCUGGGCUGCUUGCUCUCCUUUGCCUCCCGGAAUCGCCGCCCCUGCGACCCGGGCGAAGCCCGGGCGCGGGUUCCGCACCCGGCGAGAGUGCCACCCCACGAGUCACCCCUCCCCAAACUUUGCCGCAGCCGGAGCGUCCGCGAGGUCGGCCCAGCGGGCGGAAGCGGACAGUGCCCCGGGCGCGCGGCGCCUUCUGGCAGCUUCCCUCAGCCCGUGAGGGACCUGCCCUCCCCCCACUUUCCCCACCAGCACAUGAGCCGUUUCCGGCCGCGUCGGAGGCCUUGAGUCCGGAGCAGGGCGCCCAGGAGCACCACAUGGAGCCAAAGAUUCAGGCAGCGCGGGGUUUGGGGGUGGUCUGGCGGAGCCUUUUUAUAUUGACCUUUAUUUUGCCAGGGUUGGAAAAGGCGUCUCUCUGUUGGCCUCUUGCCUGAGGCUAUAGGCUUUUAAUGCUCCCCUGCCUUUUCCCACAGCAUCUCUCCCCUCCCGAAGCCCAGGAGGGGCUAAAAACUACAGGGCUUGCUUUUGAUCUUAUUUGUCUGGGGGUGGGGGAGGGGUGGGGGAUCCGUUGCCGACGCGCGGCCCCUUUAGGGCUGGGAGGGAUGAAGCCAGACCGGCCGCAAGAUUUGAGGGGCCCAGUGCAAAAUGAAAAUAACAGGUUCCUUGAUCCUGUUAUUAAUUCUAAAACGAUGACUGCAGAGCAUUGAACCCUGCGCAGGCCUGUGCGAGUGCAGGUCGGUCCUAGCCCAUGAACCUGCCCCUGUGCUUCCAAGACUGUGGUCCCAAGAAGGUGCUGGAACCGUCCAUAAAGAAGGGUGCCUGUAGGAUCUCAUUUCUUGGUUUUCAUUGUCGGGUGCCAUUCGCCCUCCCCAUUUGCCCUCCCCAGUGCUUCUGGAUGGAUCUUCGUUACUAUCCUAGGAUUUUCGGUGCUGGCCCUUCCCAAGCUUGAGAACCCAUUUAAAACCAUUUGGGAGGCCUCUUGAAGUGCUGAGCUGGACAUGGCUGAAGGCUGCGGCUGUCCUUUUCCCUGGCGUCUUCCUUUGAGGCUGACAGAAUGAUGGAGAAAUAAUACCCAUUCAGCCAACUCCUGCCUUCCUGGGAAGGUCCCUGGGAGAAACAGCUGAAGACGUCCAGGCUGAAGAGUUCGAAUGCCCCGCCGAGACGAGUCCGCUGACUUGGAGAACACAUCCCUGCCUAGCAAGAAGAAAGCCAGAGAGCAUCUGCAAAGAGGCGGAAAGCUUCAUUUUGCGAACGCAAAAGGCCUCUACAUCCCUCAUAGAGAAGUUUUUUCCCGGUUUUGUUUCUCUUGAGACACCUGGGGCGAGGAUAAACCUCCGCACUGACCAAGCAGAAGAAACAGGAUCUAUGACUGAAGUGGAUCAGCCAGGAGGGGCUCCUCGCAGCGUGAAGGAAAGCACUUUUCACACUGUUUAGAAUGAGAAGUUGAAUUCAUGAACACACAUGAUUAGAAGACAUGGGCUGUGGCACUUCGUCUUCAGCGAAAGACAGGAAAUCGGAGAAUGCGCUAAAAGCCGCAUUGGUCAUCCAGAACUGGUACCGAGGUUACAGUGCUCGGCUGAAGGCCAGACAACGCUAUGCCCUCACCAUCUUCCAGUCCAUCGAAUAUGCUGAUGAACAAGGCCAAUUGCAGCUAUCCAACUUCUUCUCCUUCAUGUUGGAAAACUACACACAUGUACAUGAGAAAGAUCGAGAAUUAGUAACUCGACUUUUCAGUGGCAGCAUCCAGGACAAGAAGGAUAGACAGGACUAUUUGGGGUUGAUAGAUGUCCCGGACUCCUACUCUGGUCCUCGGCUGCAGUUUCCUCUCACAUUUACGGAUAUCGACUUACUUAUUGAGGCCUUCAAGCAACAACAGAUACUUCAUGCUUAUUACGUCUUAGAGGUCCUCUUUGAAACCAAGAAGGUCCUACAGCAGAUGCCGAAUUUCACUCACACAAAAACUUCUCCCUCCAAAGAGAUAACAAUCUGUGGUGAUUUGCAUGGGAAACUGGAUGAUCUUUUUUUGAUCUUCUAUAAGAACGGCCUCCCCUCAGUGAGCAACCCGUAUGUGUUCAAUGGUGAUUUUGUAGAUCGGGGCAAAAAUUCCAUGGAGAUCCUGAUGAUCCUGUUUGUGAGUUUCCUUGUCUACCCCAAUGACCUGCACUUGAACAGAGGCAACCAUGAAGAUUUUAUGAUGAAUAUGAGGUAUGGCUUCACAAAAGAAAUUUUGCAUAAAUAUAAGCUACAUGGAAAAAAAAUCUUACAAAUCUUGGAAGACGUCUAUACUUGGCUCCCCAUUGGUACAAUCAUUGACAAUGAAGUCUUGGUCAUACAUGGAGGGAUAUCCGAGUCCACAGACCUGAAUUUACUCCACCGUAUAGAAAGAAACAAAAUGAAAUCUGUGCUGAUGCCACCAAUUCCAUUAGAUGGAGACCGUGUUAGCGAGAAGAAAAAUAAAGUAGGUGCAACCAGUACUGCUCAAGGAAUCAGAGCCGAUGGAUCCGCUUCUGAACAGUUAACAAAGCAUGAGUGGGAACAGGUUGUGGAUAUCCUGUGGAGUGAUCCCCGAGGCAAAAGAGGCUGUUACCCAAACACAAGUCGAGGAGGGGGCUGCUAUUUUGGACCAGAUAUUACCUCCAAGAUUCUUAAUAAAUACCAGCUGAAGAUGCUCGUUAGGUCUCAUGAAUGUAAGCCCGAAGGGUAUGAGAUCUGCCAUGAUGGGAAGGUUAUCACUGUAUUUUCUGCAUCUAAUUAUUAUGAAGAAGGAAGCAAUCGAGGAGCUUACAUCAGAAUGAGUUCUGGUACAACCCCCCGAUUCUUCCAGUACCAAGUAACUAGGGCAACGUGCUUGAGGCCUCUUUACCAAAGGGUGAAUGCUAUUGAAAGUAGUGCCAUCAGGAUGUUAAAAGAGAGAAUGAUUUCACGAAAAACUGACCUCAUUCGUGCUUUCCAGCUUCAAGACCGCAAUAAAUCAGGAAAACUCUCUAUGGGCCAGUGGGCUUUUUCCAUGGAGAACGUUUUGGGAUUGAAUUUACCGUGGAGAUCGCUGAGUUCGCAUCUGGUGACCACAGACAAAGAUGGAAACAUUGACUACAUGUCCACCUUCCAGGAUCUGCACAUUCAAAAACCUGUGAAAGAGGUUCAGUCUUCUCUAAUUGAAACAGUGUACAGAUACCGAUCUGACCUGCAAAUCAUUUUUAAUAUCAUUGACUCUGAUCACUCAGGCCUCAUCUCCAUGGAAGAAUUCCGUAGCAUGUGGAAACUUUUCAAGAGCCACUACAGUGUUCAUAUUGAUGAUUCCCAAUUUGAUGAGCUCGCUGAAAGGAUGGACUUAAACAAAGAUGGAAGCAUUGACUUUAAUGAGUUUUUGAAGGCUUUCUAUGUAGUGCAUAAAUUUGAUAAGCUGAGCAAACCAGACACCAAGCUUGCCUAACAAGAAUUAGAGCUUUCUCUCCUUGUAAACAGUUGGGCCCAAAUCACUGUAUCCAAUCUUUGCCACAACCCUUGAAAUUCACCUCAGUAGUAGAGAAAAGUAGACCCUAAUUACUGGCACAAGCAGAUGUCUGGUGUGGGAGUCCCUAGUAAAUUGUACGUGGUAAGACUAGGUUAAGUGUCAGCUGAUAGGAUUUAGUUCCAGUGGUGGGACCCACACACUGCCAGGUAGAAACUGGGUUUGAGCCUGGUGUUGGUUCCUUGGAUGCCACCUAACCAGGAGAUCUGAGCAGUUUGGAAACACAUUGAAAGGAGCUCCACAGAGCAUCGGAGCAAAGUGCAACACCUGCGAGUGGCUGAGGAAUGGGAAGAGGACUGCCAGACUCUUAAUGGAAUAAAAUAUAUACAUCUUUAAA